AUCAACUAUGCGUUAAGAGCGCAUAAACGAGAUCCAUUUAUAGAGUUUAUCAAGGGAAUGCUUAUGACACCGUUCGUCCUUCACGUAAGACCGAUACUGCCGAAGGAUGAUCCUACGGAGAAAGAACUUAAUGGCGAUGAUAAAUCCCAGGUGGACGAAAACGUUGCAAGAUAUUGUGACAUCUUGUCGAGCAUCGAAGAAUUGAUUGACGAACACAUCAGAAAACAAGCCAAAGGUGUCCCGGACCAGUCUCGGCUUAAACGACUUGUUCCGUCCGUUUCAACUUUUCACACGAGCCUACCACUACGCGAGUCAUUUUUGCUGGCAAAUUCCAAACAUUCGAUUGCAGCUCGUCGAUUUGUACCUCCGAGCUUUAAUGACAUUAGAAGGAUUUUAAACACGGCGCAGAUCAUCGCAGUCGCGCCUAAACUCAAAUUGAUCACGUUCGAUGGUGAUAUGACCCUCUACGAUGAUGGAAAGGAUUUCGAGCAGGACUCCGCUUCUGUAGAGCUUCUUGUACAACUGUUGAAAUAUGAUCUUACCGUUUGUGUGGUAACGGCUGCUGGUUAUCCGGGAGAUGCCGAGCGAUAUGAAAAACGACUAUCAGGUUUAUUGAAAGGAUUCCAGACUGCUCAAUUGCCUAAAAAAUUUUGCGAACGUUUCUUCUUGUUAGGUUAUUUGAAUCAUUCAAUCAUUUUUAAAAAGUUGAUGAUGUACCACCACCGCAAAGAUGAUUCCCUGAAAAGUUAA